AUGGCUAUAGAUAUGAACUUUCCUCUUUCUAAUUUCACCUUAUUAGCAUCAUCAAUCUUUUUCAUAAUUUUCUUUUCCCUUUUAUUGAAACAAUAUUACAAAAAUGUCCACAAAAAUCAUAUUACCAAAAAAAAACUUCCACCAGGAGAAAUGGGGCUACCAUGGCUAGGUGAAACCAUAGAAUUUUACAAAUCUCAAAAAAAGAACAAAUUAUUCGAAGAAUUCGUCGAACCGCGUAUCGAAAAAUAUGGAAAAACAUUCAAAACAAGACUUAUGGGUGAACCAACAGUAGUUGUAUGUGGAGCAAAAGCCAAUAUGUUCUUCAUGUCUAAUGAAUUCAAAUUGGUAAUAAGUUCUUGGCCUACUUCAUCAGUUGAACUUAUGGGAAAAAAUUCAAUUAUGGAGAAAAAAGGUGAUAUGCAUCGAUUCCUACGUGGCAUAAUUUCAUCUAGUCUUACAUCUACUAGUCUAGAUACAAUGGUGCCCAAAAUUUGUAACACAAUUCAAUCACAUUUGUACAUAAAUUGUACUAGUCAAGGUCAAGUAGACCGGACGAUUAAGCUUUAUCAUCUUACUAAAUCUUUGACGUUUAAAAUAGUAUUCGAGUGUUUUUUAGGGAUCGUGGUGAAACCAGGAUUACUUGAAACGUUUGAAGGAGUCUUGGAAGGGGCUUUUUCGCCACCUUUUAAGUUUCCAGGGUCAAAAUUUUCGAGGGCUAUAAGUGCAAGGAUGAAAGUACAAAAAUUUCUUGUUGAGGUUAUUAGGGAGAAGAGAAAUGAGAUUGAAUUUGGGCGGGUUCAAAAUGAAGAAGGGAAAUUAGAUGAGUCAUUGCUUUCGCGAUUAGUGAAAGCAAUGAUUCGUGGUGAAGUUAGUGAAGAUGAAGUUGUUGAUAAUGUAGUUUUGUUAGUGUUUGCUGCACAUGAUACAACUUCUUUUGCUAUUGCUAUGACAUUUAGGAUGUUAGCUCAACAUCCGACUUGCUAUUCUCUCCUCCUUCAAGAACAUGCUAAUAUAAUGAGCAACAAAGGACCAGAUGAGGGACUAUCUUUGGAAGACACAAAAAAAAUGAAAUAUACAUGGCAAGUUGCUAGGGAAAGUAUGAGGCUUUUUCCUCCUAUAUUUGGUUCAUUUAGAAAAGCAAUUGCUGACAUUGAAUUUGAUGGAUUCACUAUUCCAAAAGGUUGGAAGGUAUUGUGGACAACAUAUGGUACACAUAAUAGUGCAGAGUAUUUUAAAGAGCCUCAAAAUUUUGAUCCAAGUAGAUUUGAAGAGCCUGUUCAACCAUAUGCAUUUAUACCAUUUGGAGGAGGUCCAAGAUUGUGUGCUGGGUACCAAUUGGCAAAGUUAAAUAUUCUUAUAUUUGUUCAUUAUGUUGUGACAAAAUAUAACUGGUCUUUGAUAGAUCAUGAUGAACCAAUUGUCAUGGAUCCCCUUCCUUUCCCUUCCAAAGGGAUGCCCAUUAAAAUUUCUUCCAAAUUUUAA